AUUAGCAUUCGAAUUUCAUGUGUUUCAAUUAAAAACUAAAUUUAUCUAACUUUCACAAGUUCUUAUGGACGAGUUCUUCACGAUGUUUCGAAAAGUGGUUGAAAUGGAAUCAGGCUCCAAAAUUAUUCAUCACAAAAACAAUGACGAUGAACUCAUUUUUUGAAUGUCUGAAAAUUACUAACUCUGAAAGAAAUUCGAAGGCCCCGAUGUUGGACAGAGUUGAAGAUCAGGGCAUGUGUACGGUGUACAAAUAUUGUGGAAAAUUUUUUAGCCAAGAAAACAAUGAGUUUGACCAAAGAAGAUAUGCUCGAGAAAUAUGUAGCAAUUCAGUAUAUUCGUCACCUUGGACGAACAGCAUCGUCCGACGAUGUCUGAAGAUAAGUGAAGAAGAUUUAAAGCCGAUAAAAUUAAUGCUGAUAAUAAUUCUACUAAUGGUGCUUCCAACGAUGUCUUCUCCUGAAGAACUUCCCCCUUUGGAAGAAGCAAAAGUUUUGCACGUGGAAGGCGUCAGCGGCAGCACUGCAGAGCUGCCAUGUCCACUGAACCCACACACUCCCGGCGACCGCCCUAAGCUGGUGCUGUGGUACCGACGAGGAGACUCCAAACCAAUCAGCAGUUAUGAUGGCCGGGCUCCACGCCUGCCAUCAAACCAUGCCCCGGACCGGGCGCCUGGACCGCGGCUGACAGUGUCCCGAGUAGCCGCCUCCCUGACACACCCCGCGCUGGCCGCCAGCCUCACGGGGCUGUACGAGUGUAGGGUCGACUUCUUCAAGAGUCCCACGCACGUCAGCCUCGUCAACCUCACCGUCAUCGAGCCACCGGAAAGCAUUGCUAUCGUCGACAAUCUCUCCGGCUCGUCAAGAGCUCGUCUCUCGGGCCCGUACCCGGAGGGCUCCCCUCUCACCCUUUCUUGUCUUGUCAGAGGAGGCAUUCCUCCGCCGCAAAUUCUUUGGCGUCGGGAUGGCAUCGCCACAGAAAUAGAAGCGCUGGAGACCUCAGAGCAGCAGACUGGGGUGCGUGUGGAGACUGCGAUGUGUGUGGUGACAUGGGGGGUGUGUGGUGACUGGGGCGUGUGCAUGGAGACUCUGUCGGCGAAGAGCGUCGUGGUGCAGGGCCCAGCCUCGACAGUGUCGGGUCAGAUGGCCCGUCUGCAGUGCUGGGCCCGGGGCUCGACCCCGCCUGCCACACUCGCCUGGGCCAUCAACGGCGACCCGCUGCACCCACACAGGGAGGAGAGCAGCAUCACAGAAGACGUCUCGACGAGCGAAGUCGAAGUCAAAGUUUCACCCGCAGAAAAUGACGCAAUCGUCGCCUGUAGCGCUGUCAACCCUGCCGUGGACGCUGUAAAACCACUCACCAACACCACCAGACUCGUGGUAUAUUAUCCCCCCACAGUGAGCGUAGAAUUCGGCCUGAGCAUCGAGCUGAAGCGCCUGAAGGAAGGCGAUGACGUGUACCUCAAGUGUAAAGUUUCUGCUAAUCCCCCACCAGAUAAAAUAAUCUGGUUCCAUGAGAACGGGCCAGUCCUGCCCAACCGGACCCGCGGGAUCAUCAUGUCAGGAGACUCGCUGGCGCUGCAGAAGGUGGACCGCCACAUGGCGGGCCAAUACCGCUGCUCCGCUGCCAACCAUCUCGCUAACGCCACCAGCCGACCUCUGACACUCAAAUUAGCCUAUAAGCCGGUAUGCAUGAUGCCGUCCACGACGACGUAUUUCAUCUACGAUCAGCCCAUCAACGUGACGUGCCACGUAGCCUCUCAUCCUCCAGCAACACGCAUCGACUGGUACUGGAACAGCGGUAACGACAUCAUCAGCCUCCAGCCCACGUCUUCCAUUCCAGAGACCCUGACCCGCAGACCUCCGCCCUUGUCCUCGGACUGGGACAGAUCCUGGGCCCGACUUUCUGUGAGGCCCUCGAAGCACCAGGAAGACAGACAGUUGUCCUGCUGGGCCAACAAUGCUUUGGGGCGACAAGAGAUGCCAUGCAGGUUCUUCAUAAGAGUCGCCCAAACCCCAGCCCCGGUGUCGUCAUGUCGCCUGGCGAACAUAACAGCGUCAUCUGUGAGUCUCGCGUGCGCCUUGCCGCCGCACCCUCAGCCAGGGACCACGCAGUACUUUGCGGAGCUGUUUUCCGCCAAAAAUACCAACACGCCCCUUCAGCAACCAUCGCGACCCACAACGAGCGCAAACUACAGCUACGAAGGCAGCCUGGUAGCAACUGGUAUCGGCAUCACAGCUUUCAUCUUCAUCGUUACAGUCAUUGCGAUCAUCAGAAAAGUGUCUUUUACAUCAACAAGAAAUUCCAUAAACCAUACCCUUAGUGGUUCUCCUAAGUCUCAUUUGACAAAGUCAACGGCCUCUUUGACUGGAGUAGGGGACGAAGAUGCACCCGAGACUAGAGAAACUGAUUUGGCUAACGUGGAAGACAUGGCAGGUUUUGAAAAGAAACCGACUUGUGUUGGUACAAGCAAAACCAACACUUCCUCAGAUGACGAAAGCUACAAUUUCACAAAGAUAGACGGCAAUCAAACUAGCGACAAGCUUAGUCUUUCACCUUCCGUUAGAUUUGGCACCGAAUCUGGGCGCUCCGAAUACCAACUAAUGCUUCCGAAAGGCGAGAAAAUAUUCGAUAAUCGUCUAAGUCCGGAGGGAAGGAAAGACGACGCUUAUGCCGACGUCGUCCCUACAGCAGGUGUUGCUGUCUUCCCGAGAGCCCCUGAUGCUUGGAUGGAAUUUAUCAACGAUGAACUCGCCCUCGCGUCACCUCGUGAGGUCUUGCUGGCCGAAAUGACUUCCAGAUGACAAGAAACAGAGAGCGUCGACGAGGUCACUCAUCGCCGCUCCGUGAGAUCUUAGUAAUUCUCCUCUAAGAAAGCGCUAUUCUCAAACAGAAAUAAUAAUUAUAUGUCACGUAGUACGAGAUCUGGUGCAUCCUUCCUCCUCCCACAGCACCAAUGAAUAUCAAGGGAAUGUUAGGUUUAGAAAUAUGUACUAGCCUAUAAGCAAUACAAUAC